AUGGAAUCUCGCAGCGCACCCCCGAGCCCCGACGACUCUGGGGAGGCGGUGUUUCAUUCGCGACGUGGACGUCACCCCCAUCAGCCGUCGCUGCAGCGAACUUUUGCCAGUUGCCGGGAGAACACGCGUUCAAGGCCCCAUCACCGGCAUGCCACGUCCGAGCCGGCACGCACCGACGACCGUGUACUCACCACGGCGGAAGUACACGACUAUCCUUCAUCGGAAUCCGGUAUCGCCGCGGACUGUUCUCAUACUCAUAUGAGCAAUAAUGAUGACAGCCCUUGUUACGAACCCUCCGACUUCGAAGGCAUAUCAUCUUAUAGUCUAAGACGUACACCAGAUUACCAUCAUGAUUGUAAGCAUCUGUCAGUCGACUAUCGAAGUCGUACUCCGGACUGCAACCACGGCCAUAGCUCGGAUUGCGAUCGCGGCCAUGGUCGCAGUCAAACCACUCACCGGCUCCAUCGAAAACAUAGGCAUGCUGAAGAUGACGGUGCACAGUCGUUGGACGAGCGUUGUGCUCGUGAUCUCGAUGAAAUACUACCGGCAAGGCUCGGCGCCAUUAAUUUGUCACGGGAGCCACCGCCACAAUCGUGGAAUAGGAAUAAUAUUGCGGCGACGAUGGAGCGAUUUGAACCAGUUGACUACUCAUACGCGUAUUACGAUCAUCAGAUGUCUAUGCCGUCUUCUUCGAGGAAAGCUAGCCGGCAGAGAGGGCGCGGUUUGCCAAGAGAUCGCAUUGCACGUCAUAAUUAUGUGACCAGAUACGGGACUGAAGAAAAUAUUUAUGAGGAAAUCACGGAUGGAUCCCGAAGCUGUCCCAAGCACCGUUAUGGACCUCGACAAUCUCUGGUUUCCUUGGACAGAAGUGUUGUAGAGGAAGAAGUUCGCCGAGUUGAGUCACGACAUAAAAGAAUUUUAGGCGAACUCAACCUAAGUGUCGAAGCUAUGCUAAUGCCAGAGUGCGAAUCUCCAGAUUCUGAGAGAGCGGAAGAUAGAGACAAUAUUGAAGAACUAAUGCGGGUUGGCCCAACCGACGAGCUACUUUCGCCUGCUAGUUGUAAUCCUCCAGACUUGGACAGUGGCUUCAGCGGUAGUAGCAGUGGAGCUAGCUACGUUGGAAGUUUGCGAAGGAAACCUACCGGAUCAGUGCCACAUUUACCUGCGGUGGCGUACGGUACCCGAGGUGCGGGUGUGCGUAUUUUAGGCGCUGAUGACAGUGCCUUACGAUGUCCAAGAGAAGUACCUUCCCCGAGAAGUUCAAGUUGCGGGGAUGCUAAAUCGACUGGAUUCUGGAACAAAAGAGCGUGGAAGAAGAUAUCGGGAUUUUCCAGUUCCAACAGUAUCAACAAAGCUGGUCUAACAGGUCUGCUCGUUAGGUACACUUUCCGGCGUAAGUCCGGCUCGCAGGGCUCUCAAAGUAAGCGGCGCGCUGAGCCCGUCAAAUGUGAUGCGUGCCUCUCACAACGAUGU